AUGCUCUGCAGCCCGCUUGUACGCGGCCUGAGGGCGGCCCCCGUAACCCCCUUGAGGGCGAUGAGCACAUCGGCCAAGAGCGGCCUCCUCAGCAAGCAGUCGAAACCCCGUCCUCUCCCGGCCACCUUCAGCCGCGCCGACCUCGACUACAUCCGCGAGCGUCUCCUUCCCCCGCCCCCCGAGUUUGACGGCCUUCCUCCGCAUACCAAAGGAAGUCCAGAGCGCCCACCCCGCGAGUCGGCCGUCAUCCUGCCGCUCUGCAACGUCGCUGGGCAGGCGACGCUCAUUAUGCAGGUGCGCGCGGCGGCGCUGAGGGUGCACGCCAGUGAAGCUGGCCCAGGCUUGACUGGAAGAGGGCCUGGACUUGCGGGAGCCGGUUUGGACCUGGGCUUGGAGAAUAGCACCAUGACUCCGAGAGAGAAGCUGACCCAUAGAUUCCCAGGAGGCAAGGUAGAGCCCGGAGACAAAGACCUGGUCGACACAGCGCUCAGAGAAAGCAGCGAGGAGCUCGCAAUCGUGCCCGGCAACGUCGAGAUCCUAGGCGCACUGCCAACCGAGUACUCACUCGGGAACAAAGCGCGGGUGUGGCCCAUUGUCUCUGGAAGCUCUGUUGAGGAGUGGCAGACCUCUCGAUUGAAUGACCGCCUGCAUGAGACAACCUUAACUGCUCCGGAGGAAGCUGACCCUCAGGGCUUCAUUCACCCGCACGACGCUCUCGCCUGCGCGACCGACGACGCCCUCGGACCAGCCGAUGCGCCUCUCGAGUCCAUUUCCCUCUCCUCCCUCCGCCCGGACCCAGGAGAGGUCGCAGCGCUGCUCCCACUGCCGCUCUCGGCCGUCGACGACCCCACACGAAAAGUGGCGCACUACUUCCGCUCGGAUUCUUCGCGGCCGUACUGGAAGAUCCGCGUGGGAGAUCUCCUGCACCCCCCGCCCGACGAGAGUGACGAGCACAUGAAGAACCUCGAGGUAUGGGGCCUCAGUGGAUGGUUCUUGAGCAAGUUUGCGAUCCGGAUGGGAUGGAGCGAUGCCCCGCCCAAGGCUGAGGCGGAGGGAGAUUAG